UUGCCCCCCCCCUCCUUUUUUUUUUUUUUUUUUUUUUUUUUUCCUGGGAGGAGGGGGAUUCUUCAUUUUGGCACUUCAUGUUUUUCUGAAAACUUCGCAGCGAUUUUCCCCUUGCACCAGCCUGGACUAAUGGAUUACCACCUGCUUGGACUAAUUCUGUCUUUUCUCUUCAAUGGCACAAAGGUCUUAGCCGGUUACCCAAUUUGGUGGUCCCUCGCCCUGGGUCAGCAGUACAGCUCCCUGGGGUCCCAGCCCAUCCUCUGCGGCUCCAUCCCCGGUCUCGUCCCGAAGCAGCUCCGCUUCUGCCGCAACUACAUCGAGAUCAUGCCCAGCGUGGCCGAGGGGGUGAAGUUGGGCAUCCAGGAGUGCCAGCACCAGUUCCGGGGCCGCCGCUGGAACUGCACCACCAUCGACGACAGCCUGGCCAUCUUCGGGCCCGUCCUGGACAAAGCCACACGAGAAUCCGCCUUCGUCCACGCCAUCGCCUCGGCCGGGGUGGCCUUCGCUGUCACCCGCUCCUGCGCCGAGGGCACCUCCACCAUCUGUGGCUGUGACUCCCACCACAAGGGACCCCCGGGGGACGGCUGGAAAUGGGGGGGGUGCAGCGAGGACGCCGACUUCGGGGUUCUGGUGUCCCGGGAAUUCGCAGACGCGCGGGAGAACCGGCCGGACGCGCGCUCGGCCAUGAACAGGCACAACAACGAGGCCGGCCGGACGACCAUCCUGGAUCACAUGCACCUCAAGUGCAAGUGCCACGGGCUCUCGGGGAGCUGCGAGGUCAAGACCUGCUGGUGGGCCCAGCCCGAUUUCCGGGCCAUCGGGGACUACCUGAAGGAUAAAUACGACAGCGCCUCGGAGAUGGUGGUGGAAAAGCACCGGGAGUCCCGGGGCUGGGUAGAAACUCUCAGGGCCAAGUACGCGCUUUUCAAGCCGCCCACAGAGCGGGACCUGGUCUACUACGAGAACUCCCCCAAUUUCUGUGAGCCCAACCCGGAGACGGGCUCCUUUGGGACGAGGGACAGAACGUGCAACGUCACCUCCCACGGCAUCGACGGCUGCGACCUCCUGUGCUGCGGGCGAGGCCACAACACCCGGACUGAGAAACGCAAGGAGAAGUGUCACUGCAUCUUCCACUGGUGCUGCUACGUCAGCUGCCAGGAGUGCACGCGGGUCUACGACGUCCACACCUGCAAGUAAGCACAGGUGGGUCUGCACUGGUGGAGGUGGCUCCAGAGCAGGGCCCAGGAGUCCAGCAGCCCCGUGGUCAGCCCCACACGCGGCCUCACAGUGCAGAGGACGGCACAAAACUCCUGAUGGCCCCGGCCAGGGCACGCAGCCACAUCCAGGGCACGGGGAAGGCUCUGGGCACCUCACCCACGCAAGGUGUGACUGCUGAUUCCUCGGGCAGGGGCAGGACAGGGAGAGCAGGGACAGGACAGGGAGAGCAGGGACAGGACAGGCUGCCCAGGUGACAGCAGAGACCAGGGACAGCAAAGUCCCAGCGAGGCACAGCCACACGAGGCAGAGCCGCUGCCACAGCAGCCCCCCGAGCUCCCAGCUCUGUCCUGCACCACAGGUCCAGCCCCUGCAGGCACCAGCACAGAGGGUCAGGUGGAAAUGGAUUUUUCAGAGUGAAAGCUGGGCAAACACGGGCUCCCCCAGCUGCUGCUGUCCUGCUCUCAGCAGAUGUGGUGGGGAGAGGAAAGGAGCCCCCACGCCAGCCCAGCUCCCUCCUUCCUGCUCCGAGGUGAUGCUGGAGAACCAAACCUGCCUGGGCACACGAACAGAGCCCACGGGUGGGCUCUCCUUCCCCCUCCCUCUCUGCUCCCCACAGCCCCACAUCUCCUAUAAUGCCCUGAGGAGGACGUCAGGAAGCCAGAGCCCAGAGCUGACUCUCUGGCCCUGGCCCAGGACAAGAGCAGGGCACAGGGCACUGCUGCCACCUCUUACAGGGGACACAGCAUCGCCCCAGCCACCUCCUCACUGUGCAGCUGCCCAGGAGAGGAUUUGAAGGAUCAGGGCAGUACCUAUUGACUAAGCAUUCCCUAACAGGACUUUACACCCCAGAGGGAGCUCAGGGAUCUCUCUGGGGCUGGGUUACCUGCCAAGUGAGCUGCUGCACCAGCUCUGAAUGUCAGAGAUUCCAGGGAGAGAGGAAAUCUAUGUCCCAGCCUCCCUCCCACCAGACAGUUGUGGUCCCACAGCACAACCCCAGGCAGGCCCUUCCCCUCCCAUGGGGUUUACUGAGCUGGCAGCAAUCAUUCAGGAAGUCCCCCCAAGCACAGAGGCUCCAUGCCAUGAGCAGGGAUUUGGGCCCCCCCCCACAUCCCACAGCCCAUCCCAGAGCAGCAGAACCAGUGUUUGUCCCCCACCUGCUCCCCAGGCCUCCCUGAGCACAUCCCUUCUCCCUGGGUUUUACCUUGUCCAGGACUACUGACCCAUGAAAUUAAAAAAUAAAUACUCCCUCUGUCCUGGUGGGCUGCAGGACCAACAGCCCCCUUCAAACACACCCCAGUCAGUGAAUUCCAGGGAACCGUGGCCACUCGGGCUGUGGCUGCUGCUCCACUCACUCCUUUCCCCAGGGAAUGAGCAGCCCCUGGAGCUGCACAGAGCAAUAAAGGGGUGAGACCCCUCGCAGGGAGCACGGGAGGGCCCUCAGUGAGAGCAGAACCCCGGGGCCCUCCCGGGCAGAGCGUCAGGGCGAGCUCCAGACCCUCCUUGCUCCCGAAAAUUGAAAUCCCAGAGAGCUCCAAAAGCCUCCCCCGGCCGGAGCCACGCCGUCCUCUGAUAUGCAUCUAUUUAAAGUAUGUAUUAAACCCCGUGUCUGGAAAGACUCCCAGAACCCGACUUUAAACAAAAUCCCUUCUUUGUUUGUUUGUUUUUUAAUCAAGAAAAGGUAUUUAAUAUUAAAUAGAACAUUUAUUGCCUUGUAAUUAUUUUACUGUAGCCAGGUAUUCUAGCACUGAAUGGGAAGAUCUUUUUCCAUCAAUCUGCUGUAUCCAAAGUUUUGUAUAAAGUUGUAGAGGUCGAUUUUUUUUUAUUUUAUAUUCAGAAAAUUUCU